AUGAACCUACUGAUAUCGGCCUCGGGAGCAAGGGAAAAAAACCUGUUAAAAUCCGCACAAACGGUUGAAAAACUGUUACUUCCAAAACAAGCACUCAACGUCGAAGAAAUAGUUGAUAAAUAUAGUCAUCUCCGUGACCUGCCGAUUGCGUCAUAUACCGAUUGUCAUCCAGAUUUGCUAAUCGGUUUAAACAACCUACACUUAAUUGCGCCGAUCGAAGCCAGAAUUAGGGAUGCAGGUGAGCCGAUAGCUGUACGAUCGAAACUAGGGUGGUCCAUUUAUGGUCCCACGGCAAACGAGAUAACUGAAACGAAUGUCAUCGGGCACCACAGAGAAAUCAGCAACGAAGAUAUAUACAACAUGCUUAAAUCUCAGUAUCGGCUGGAAGAGUGUACGGCGAUAGUGGUACAGGAAACGCAGGAUGAGAAGAGAGCACGAGAGAUUUUGCAACGUACAACUGUGCGGAAAGGGAAUGGAUUCGAGACCGGGUUGCUGUGGAGAACGGACAAUCUUAACUUUCCGGACAGCCUUCCGAUGGCCCGUCGUAGGUUGAAACAAUUAGAGCAGCGAUUAGGAAAGUGUCCGGAACUAUAUAACAAGUUUCGACAAGAAGUCGAGCUGUACCAGCAAAAAGGGUACGCUCAUCUGGCAACUCCGAAAGAGCUGGCCGAAACUGAUCCUCGCAAGCGAUGGUAUCUUCCCUUGAAUGUUAUUCUUAAAGCGAAAAAGCCAGGCAGUAUUCGUCUUGUGUGGGAUGCCGCAGCUACAGUAAAUGGUGUAUCACUUAACAGCCAACUACUAAUGGGACCUGACAUGCUGACACCUUUAACAUCCGUGAUCAGCCUUUUUCGUGAACGUCGCGUUGCCUUUGGAGGAGACAUACGUGAAAUGUAUCACCAAAUAAAAAUUCGCGAAGCCGAUAAACAAUCGCAGCGAUUUCUACACAGGAAAAAUUUGCAUGACAAGGAACCCAGCGUUUACAUUAUGGAUGUUGCUACGUUUGGGUCUACUAGUUCUCCCUGUUCGGCCCAAUACGUCAAAAACCUAAAUGCGUCGGAAUUUUCAGCGGAGUAUCCAGAAGCAGCCACAGCUAUAAUAAACAAACAUUAUGUCGACGACUAUUUUGAUAGUGUUGACACUAUCGCAGAGGCUGUGAGGCGGGCCAAGGAAGUGCGUUUUAUUCACUCCAAAGCUGGUUUCGAAAUAAGAAACUGGGUCUCUAACUCUCCCGAAGUACUGCGGAGUCUGGGGGAACGAAAUCAGGUUGAAGCUGUCCAUUUCAACGUCGACAAAACCACAGAUAAUGAGCGAGUACUUGGAAUAGUCUGGAAUCCGACCUACGACACGUUCUCCUUUGCAACCGAUCAUCGGCUUCAGCUUCGACCGUAUCUCGACGGAACGCAACGACCAACAAAGCGGUUGGUUUUAAGCUGUGUGAUGGGAUUUUUUGAUCCGUUAGGACUACUGACUCCUUUCACUGUCCAUGGAAAAAUGCUCGUCCAAGAUCUCUGGCGCAAUGACUGUGGCUGGGAUGACGAAAUAGAGGACGAAUCUUUGCAUAAAUGGACGGGUCUAUUACCACAAGUGGAAGCCAUCCGCAUCCCUCGCUGUUACCUAGCGAAUGUUUCUUCUGCCGAAAUCGAUUCACUUCCGCUGCACAUCUUUAUGGAUGCAAGCGAGCAGGCGUUCGGAUGCGUGGCCUAUCUUAGGGUAGCAGUGCAUGGAAAAGUUAUGGCUCGUCUGGUGAUGUCACGCUCGAAGGUAGCGCCACUAAAACGGCAGUCAGUCCCGCGACUUGAGCUAAUGGCUGCAGUUUUGGGUUCACGACUGUCGUGCACGGUUAAAUCACAGCAUUAUCUGCCAAUUGGGAAACAGUUCCUUUGGUCAGACUCCCGGACGACGCUCAGUUGGAUCCGCUCCGAUCGAAUAAAAUACAAACAAUUUGUGGCGUUUCGCAUAGGGGAAAUUCGAGAAAACAGUAACGUCUCGGACUGGCGAUGGGUGUCAACUAAGAUUAAUAUCGCUGACGUCCUGACAAAGUGGGGACCGUUAGACUCAUCCAGUCCGUGGUUUAAUGGCCCAGCAUUUCUUCGCGAUCCAGAAAACCAGUGGCCGACAAUGGAAUUACCGGCUGUCGAUACCAGCGAAGAGAUGCGCGCUUGUCUACUGCACCAUUAUACGACACAUUCUGAACCAAUAGUCAACGUGGAUUCAACUAAUCGUUGGAUUCGUCUGUUGCGAAGUACAGCAAGCGCGAUCCGUUUUAUUAACAAUUGUCGCAGAAAAGCUAUCGGUCAACCGAUGGUAGUAUCGAAAGCAACACCGAAACAGGAAAAAUGGAUUUUAUGUAAGCACAAAUCAAUACAGCGACCACUUCAGCAAGACGAGUUACUAGCGGCCGAAAUGAUCCUAUGGAAGCAAGCUCAGCAUGAUGGUUUUUUGGAUGAGGUGAGAGCGUUGGAGAAAAAUUUAAACCUCAAGCCAGAUAGUAUUCCGGCGAAAAUUGAAAAGUCCAGUUCGAUCUACAAAAUGUGUCCCAUACUUGACACUGAAGGUGUUAUGCGCGUCGGAGGUAGACUGCAUCAGGCAAAAUUUGCUUCAUUUGACAUGCAGCAUCCCAUUAUACUCCCAAAGGGACAUGCGGUGACCGAUCGAUUGAUACUAUUCUAUCAUGAAAAAUUUGGUCAUGCUAAUCGUGAAACCGUAUGCAACGAAUUACGCCAACGAUUUUAUAUUCCCAAACUUCGAUCCGCGAUAAAACUAGCGGUGACAAAGUGUAUGUGGUGUCGCGUGCAUCGCUGCCAACCGCAGGCUCCGCUGAUGGCAUCUUUACCGGUACAACGGGUUACACCACAGCUUCACCCCUUUAGCUCAACGGGUAUAGACUACCAUGGUCCAGUAGAAGUGUUGGUAGGACGACGAUGGGAAAAAAGAUGGGUAGCCCUCUUUACCUGUCUGGCAGUGCGAGCGGUGCACUUAGAAGUUGUACAUAGUUUAAAUACCCAGUCAUGCUUAAUGGCUAUUAACAGAUUCAUCAACGAUCGAGGUGCACCAGAUGAAUUUUUUUCCGACAACGGCACUAAUUUCAAAGGUGCAAGUAAUGAGUUAAAAACAAUCAGGCAAAUUAAUCAACAAGCUGCAGAAAAUGUAACAACUUCUGCAACCAAAUGGCACUUUAUUCCCCCUAGCUCUCCCCAUAUGGGCGGCGUGUGGGAACGCAUGGUGCGAUCAGUGAAAGCAAUGCUGUUUGCGUUAGAUGAUGGGCGGAAAUUAACAGAUGAAAUACUUCUCACUUCUUUGUCUGCGGCUAAGGAUAUGAUCAAUACCCGUCUUUUAGUCUAUCUGCCGCAAGACUCAGCUGAAGCCGUAGCGAUUACACCUAACCAUUUUCUCCGCGGAACUAUGAAAGAAGCCGAUUAUAUGGUUGAUAAUCCUGUGGACCUAGCAGAAGCGAUACAAAAUGCCUACAAGCGAUCACAGUACCUGGCUGAUCGGAUGUGGACUCGCUGGAUAAAAGAGUACCUACCGACACUAAACAAAAGUUAA